CGGGCCAGCACGUAUAUCCCGAGCUCGCAAAUUCUCAAAGGGAUUUCAGUUCUGUCGUUGGACUUUGGUGCUCUUCGUGAUGAAAAUUUACGGUUGAAAGUAGCGCUAGCCGAUGCCCACAAGAGCAUUCGACUGUCACAACUUACCGAAGACGAGGACUACGAAAGCGACAUACCCUCAAGUGAGGAUCGAUUUCGAGUCAGUCCUCGACCUAUCGGUGAUGUCAACUACCGCGAAAUGGCAGCACAAACCAUCAAGGACGAUGGUCAUCUGAAGAAACUGAAACGGCUUGCAGAUGACCUGAAAAGGGAAAAGGAUGAAUUGCGGCAACUGGCCAUGGAUACUAAAGAGGCCUUCUCGGUUUGUAUGGGAGAGGUGCGACUGAUGCUUGAAUCGAAAACGGUCGACUUUUUCCGCGUCCUUAUUGGUCGUUAUUGCUCAGAGAUGCAGAAACGUAAACAACUUCACAAUCAACUGGUUGAAAUUAAUGCUAUCGGGGUCACUGCCUCCACUCGUGUCUCCCCUGGUACGUCCUUCGUCUUGAUCAUAGCCCAGAUGACCUCAAUUGAU